UUCCUCUUCUCCUCCCGCAAGCCACCCUCACCACCCACAAUCAAACUCCACGGCGCAGAAAACUGCAAAUACAUCCUUGACAACUCGCAUUCACACACCUUCUCGCUCCCCGACGGCCGCAAGCUAGGAUAUGCGGACUACGGUGAUCCAAAUGGCAAGCCGAUCCUGUAUCAGCAUGGAAUCCCGGGGAGUAGGAUCGAGGCGACACGGUAUCAUGAUCUGGGGAAAGAGAUGGGGUUGAGGAUUAUUAGCAUUGAUCGGCCGGGUCAUGGGUGGAGUUCCCCUUUUGCAAGCUACCGCGGGCGAACGGUCAAGUCGUGGGCAGACGACGUCAACGCGCUGGCAGAACACUUGGAACUCAGUGAAUAUGCAGUUCUCGGCGUGUCCGGUGGCGGUCCUUAUGCCUUAUCCUGCGCCUACGGUCUCCCAAAAGACAGGCUUAAAGUCGUAAGUCUAGUCUGCGGCAUUGGACCUCCAGACAUCGGCAUGUCGGGCGCCGGAUGGCCUACCUGGCUGGGCUUCACAAUCGGCUGGCGCUGGAGUCCACAAAUCUUUCUGCGCUGGUUCUUCCAGCGCGACGCCGCCGACAGCCUCUCACUCCCCGACGAAGAGCGGCUCAACAUGUUCCUCUCACUUGACCGAACCAAGGGGAUGAGCGAGCAAGACAAGGCCUUUUUUGGAGAUGAGGACGAGAUGAGGGUUUAUCUUGCUACGAGUAGGGAGAGUUUCAAGCAAGGGUUCGAUGCAAUGUGUAAAGACGGAUACGUGAUGUGCACACCAUGGGGUUUCGCGAUUGAAGAGAUUCGCAAGGAUCUGCCGGUUGUGCUGUGGUAUGGAAGUAAGGACAAAAACGUGCCGCCGAAUCACGGGCGCACGAUUGCGAGGCGGUUGAUGGGC